GGACGGGGUGUGCCCGUGCGGCUCACAGCCGCUUUCACCGCUCCGCGGACGGUCGGGCUGCGCAGAUCCGAGGAGCUCGGGCCCGGGGGGUGCUGCGGGGCUGGGGCCGCCCCGGUCCAGACUGACGCCCGAGCGCGAGACCUCGCCAAGCCGCUCCGACCGGGAACCGCACCAGGAUUUCAGCACAGCUUGUCCUGCUGAACCUGGCCAGUGUCAGUGAUGGCAAGACUCCCAAGUGCUGCACCACAUAUCCUGUGGAUCCUUUUCUUUCCAUAUACAACAAAUGAAGCUAUGACUGCAAGACAUGUGCAGGAAUUUGCGUGCUUCACUGACUAUGACAAAGAGCUGGUGUGUCACUGGAAGGUGCCAGCACAAGCAAAUUGCUCCAAAGAAUUCCUGCUGUACUACAGGCACGAAGAUUCUUCUGCUGGUAAUGAGGAAUGUGUCCCCAAGAGUGGAAAAGACAGUUUGAGGUGCACUUGCACAAUAUAUCGAGAUUAUUUUGUAUCAGGCCUCACGUAUAUUCUAUCUCUGCAAUUCAAUGGGACUGAUAUGUGGAAUUACACUGUUACACCAGCUUUGGUUGUUAAGCCAAGGGCCCCCAAAAAUCUUGCUGUCCAGAAAGUCGAAAGUGGUAAUUUCAUUCUGAGCUGGGAAGAGAGCUACUCUUCUCAUUCCAUACUCUCUGGACAGCCGGUCAUCUAUGAAGUGAAAUACUGGAGGAAGCUGCACCCGACAGAGAUUUCUGUGAAAGCAAUUAAGUAUGAGGCAAAAAGCUUUGAAAUUACUGCAGGCUCCUUGAGGAGAGGCUAUGAUUACGUUGCAAGUGUAAGGUGUAACUAUACAGACUACCCAGCCUACUGGAGUGAGUGGAGUGAAGAAGUUGAAUUUCACUAUGAUUACCAAGUAACAGCUGAAGACAUUCUGCAGAUGGCUGUUCCUGUAUCCUGCAUACUGAUCAUGGCAGUAUCUGUAAUUUGUUACUUCUGUUUUACCAAAGUGAAGAAAGAAUGGUGGGAUCAAAUUCCAAAUCCAGCAAAGAGCCAUUUGGUUGUAGAAAACGUCAAGUUUUCAGUUUUGUCCUACAUUGGUGAAAUUAAGUUCCCUUUCCAUGACUUAAAGCAGAGUCACAUGGAAAACCAAACAAGCUGCGAGAACUGUCUGUCUCAAAAUUUGUCAAGCCAAAACUUCAAGGGAAAAGAUAACAUCAGAAAUGUUGAGAAAUCUUGCAGUUGCCACAUCAAGUCGGGAGAGUGGUUUCCAAAAGGCAGCAGUCCAGUUUUAACCCCUGAGACAAUUGUGGUUGAAGACUCUAUAGAAAUCUGUGAAUGUUUAACAGACAUUGAAGUUGAGAGCCAGGAAGAGACUGGUGACCAUAUCACCAUGUUUGAGCCUGUUGAGAGCAGCAACAGUGCUUUCAGAGAGCACAGUGAACACAAUGAUGCUCUAGCUAGCAUGUUUAUGGAGCUUCUGGCAGAUGAAAACAAUAUGCAAGACAAUAACAACACAGAUAUCAUCACAGGUGAGAAUGAAACCUUUGCAAAACUUGCAUUAGAAAAUCCAUCACAGCAAAAUCCAAAGGAAAGCCCAGCCCAGAGUCAGCAGCCAUGUGAUGUUUCUCAUCCAGUCUCCUUUUUCACCAAAGCCUUUCAGGAUGACUACAAUUGUAGUACAGCCAGCAAGAAGUCAGAAUUAUCAGAAGAAUCCUUUGAAUCUGGCUAUCAGAGCUCAGACAUAAAUUCUGCUUCUCUGGAUGCAACAGAUCUUCAACAUAUGAUUCAUCAAAGUCUUUUUCCAUGCAGUUCUGAAAAUCUGCAUGACUCAUGUGCCCUGUUCCAGGAGUCUCCAAAUGAACUAUCAUUUGUGACCAAAAAAGACAGAAUAAGCAACCCUGCACCCCUGAGUUUCAAUACCCUGGAGUCCCCAUGCAUGGAGAUGUGUAGCUCUGCAUAUAAGAGCUUUAACACUGUUAUCUCUCCAUCUUUGGAGCCUUGUGGUUCUGCCUACAAGAGCUUUGACACCCUUAUGUCUUCAUCGGUGGAGCACUGUGGCUCUGCGUACAAGAGCUUUGAUACCCUUGUGUCUGCAUUCAAGGAACCAAACAGCUCUGCAUAUAAGAGCUUUGAUGCCCUUAUGUCUGAGUCUAUGGGUAACAGUAGCCUGACUCUGUGUUUUGAAAAUGAGUGCUCCUUACCACAGUGUUCAGAGACACCAGAAUUUAGCUGCAGAGAUGAAAUGUAUCGAUCUGCUAGCAAUCAGACGUGUUAUACCAACUACAGAUCUCCCAGCACUGAGCUUGAUUUUCAGAACACCUGUUCAGAACAUACUGAUUUUCCAUCUUUUUCCAAAGAUGCAAAUAGCAGUGCUUCAGCUUUCCUACCAGGAGAAGAAAUACAUAAGCAAGUGACAUAUCAAAAUGUUCAAAAGAAAGGGAAUAUAAUUUCUUGCCCCACUGGACCUCAACCAUCUGGUUAUCAGCCUUUUCAUAAUGCAGUUAAAUGUAAUGGUACAUACUGUGACAAGGACUGUGAGGUUACCUCUGAGUCACUGUAUGACCCCUUCAUUCAUCCCUUGUACAACAACCUGAGAGAAACACCUCCAGACACCAUAACCUGUGAACCUGGCCAGAAGACAGAUGACCAUGUAUGUUUGAUUGUACAGGGUUCUGACUUCAGCAUUGUCCCAGAUUUAGCCUCUAGUGAGAAUGUCACACAGACCAGUGAUGGCAGCCAUUGGAUCACCAACUCUAAUGAGUUGUCUAGUGAUGGCAAAGAUGAAAGUACCAGCAGAGACGAUUUGUUAGAGCUGAACUAUCCAGAUCUUAACAGCAGAGAAAGAACUACAAAAGAGACAAAAUCUAACAGCUUUAACUGUACUGGUAAAGGAAUGCAAGAGAAGAGCAGUAACAGUCUAAAUACCAACUUUGACUGUCAUAGACACAACCACUUGAGGAAACUUGAAGGUGCAGAGGAAAAUAAAGACAUGAUAAAUCAUGCAGUAGGCAGGAAGUGUGGCUCAGCACCUCACUUACCAGAAAAAUCACUGGACAACAUUGGGCUAAACUUAGAAAGAAAAACUGCAGAGCCUCUGGAGCACCUGGUCUCAGACAAGUUGUCACUUCAUCAUUUUGUGGAUAACUUCUGUCCUUCCGAGUCUCACAUCAUGCACAGGAAGGAUUCCAGACCAGCAGCUGCGGUUAAAAAGGGAUUAGUAGAAUCAUUGAAGGAAAACAGCAGGAAGAAUGAGAAAAAAGUGAAACUUGUCCAGGCCCUUGCCCAGGAGAACAAUUGCUACAUGAAGGUAGCCUAGCCACGCUAGCCAAGACCAGGCUAAACCAGGCUUUGGAGAUAAACUGUAUGGCAAAUUGAGACAUUGCUCAUUCUUCAGUUUUGCCUGAAGUGAGGGCUGCUGUGGUUCAACUGUGGAUCUGGUUGGCUCAGACCCUCCUGCCUGCUGCAGGGCCAGCAGCCAAUGUGUGAGCUGGGCCCGUGAUGGUGAGCACUGCAGCUGCAACAUUGGCAGGGAGGCAAAGCCAGAGCUGAAGUCUGUCUGCUCAUGGUUGUUCUCUAAAAGUAAGCAGCAGCUGCAUGAAGUAGUUCUCAGUACAGCUCUUGUGGUGUUGCCCUCGCUCUGUACGUGGCUUGAGAAACACAGAAAGGUGAUGUGGAAGGUGCCGACACAGCUGGAAGUGGGCCAUGGAUGCCAGUCAGAGGGGAAGUGACUGACUUCCUCAAUUUAUUUAUUGAUGGGGGCAGGGAGAAGGGAGACCCUGUGUGCCUAGCCCCAGCUUGGGGUGUAUGUUUCUGUACUUACUCAAUUAAGACUUGAAAUAAAGACUACUGUCAUUUGGGCUUAAGCAAUGCUA